AUCUAUAAUAAUUACGUCCAAGCGCUGACAAUUAUCUCUACAACAAACGUGUUCCUCGCCAACUUCCAUGCGUCAAAUGCUGCCCUCAAGCCCAACUUUGAAGAUGAUCUCAAGGACGAGCACCAGGUUUUACAAUGCCUUGCACGCAAGAAGGAAGAAUCCAGCAUUGAAGUUGACUAUGUGAAAGCAUUGAAUGAGUAUGACAAGGCCCAGUAA